AUGCCGCCGGUGUUCAGGGGAACGGAUGACAAGGGGAACCCCAUCGGGACGAACGUGACGUUCUGGAAGGCGGUCAAGGCCGGAGCUAAGGACAAGGCCGGUAAGCCCUUGUGGUACAAGAAGGGCAUCCAGUACUGGGACGGCGUCGAUGCGACCGACGACGGCGUGCUCGGAGGGUACGGGCACGUCAGCUCGUUGGACGCGCGGGAGAACUCGGAGUUCCUCGAGGACGUCAUGGGUGAGCACCUGGAGGAGGCGAGGGACGACGGGCAGAAGUUGGUUUCGCUGGACUGCGGCGCGGGCAUCGGGCGGGUCACCGGCAGCUUCCUCAUCGACCACUUCGACGAGUGCGACCUGGUGGAGCCCGUGGCACACUUCAUCGGCAAGGCGGAGGAGACGUUGGGCGGUGAAUCCAAGCGACCCGACGGCCACAGGUGCGUCAACUUCUUCGCCGAGCCCCUGGAGAGCUUCACGCCGGAGCCCGGGCGGUACGACGCGGUGUGGAUCCAGUGGUGCGUGGGGCACCUCACCGACGAGGACUUUGUCGCAUUCUUCAGGCGAUGCGCCGAGGGGCUCAAGCCGGGGGGGAUGGUAUUCAUGAAGGAGAACAACGCCAAGGAUGGGUUCGUCCUAGACACUGACGACAGCAGUUUGACCAGAUCGCACAAGUACUUCAUGCACCUGUUCGAGGAUCAGCUGGGGUGGGAGGUGGCGAAGCACCGGCUGCAGAAGGAUUUCCCAAAGGAGCUCUUCGGCGUUCGCAUGUACGCGUUGCGGCCCAAGUGA